UAUGUCGUUCGACGGUGAAUGAUAUUGAGAUCGAGAUGAAAACCGACGGGGGCACGUCGAAUCGUCUGAACCCGAGCAUGGAGCAACGUUUGAGAAGUCCCAAAUGUGCGAGAUGUCGCAACCACGGUGUGAUAUCCGGUUUGAAGGGUCACAAGAGGUCCUGCGCAUGGAAGGACUGCCGAUGUCCUUGCUGUUUAUUAGUCGUCGAAAGACAGCGGGUGAUGGCAGCGCAAGUCGCUCUACGCAGGCAGCAGCAGGCGCAGGGCGACAAUCUGCUCUCUUCAACAAACAAAUCGCCGACGGAUAGCGCGAAUCCUUAUUACGUUAAAGGGAAAUACGACGAGUCGGACACGGUCUGCGGUAGGAAAACGAAGAACUUUCAAAGGCAUCAUCUACAUUUCACGCAGACGAGCAUCAGCGUGACACAAGGUUUCUACGGAUUGAACGCCAUACAUGGUUUACCUGUGUCAUCGCAUCCGCGUUUGUUAAGUACUUUAUCGUCGCUUGGAUGCAAUCAAAAGCAAGAAGCUGAAUCUACGCUGAAAGUGCAAUCCUACCAUUCUGCGUAUCCGACGAUCCCGUGGUUCAACGAGGUAACGCAAUCGUAUAUAACGAACGAGGACCUGAACAAUUUUAUCUCUACACGACCGGACUCACGGGGUUGCGCUACUACAAACAAUGAAUCUCGUUUAGAGAAAAAAACACCAAUCUCCUUCAGCGUAGAAUCUAUUAUCGGCACAAAGUGAUGUCCCCGAUGUUUGUAUUUUAUAAUCGUGAUAAUAAUCUUAUACAUUAAUUAAAUCAAAAUUUUUUAUAAAUGUUGUUCAAAUUGUUUAGUAGAAACGCGAGCCGCAUAUCAAUCGAUUUGUAUAUUGCAAUAAUGUACAAUAUAUUUUAAUGGCUAUAUAUUAAAAAAAAUCUGUUAUAACAAUGCUUAUAUAGAAUUUAUUAUUCUAUACUUGGAUAUCAACCAGCAAAUAUAUAUUCAAUAUAUUUAUAACAUAACAUAUGCACGCGCGCGCACACACACACACACACACAUACACACAGAACAUAUACACGCGCAUGGGCAUACAUAAAAUUGCUCCUGUUGUAUAUGCACUUUACACACAUCAUCUACAUGUUAAUGCAGCAAAUCUGAACGUGACGCUUCCGUGCGAUACUCUAAUAUCAUAUCAUAAAUAAAAAAUAAAUAAAAUGAUAUUACUUGUC